UGCGUACAAUUGUUGAAGGCAAUCAGUGCUUCAAAUGUUCGCUCUAAGUUUAGACAUUUGCACAGAGGUGGGGCUGCCUUGUCACACUUUCCACACUGACUGUUGUGAGAACAGUCCAUCACACAGUAGUAGUGUCUCAUGUCUCUUUAAAUGCGGGUUGCGUAGAUCCUUCAUGAAUGAAACCAUGUGAUCCAAACAUCAUUUGACGUCUGGCGCCUCCGACCAUAAAGGAGUGGAUAUAUCUAGAGACCUGCGAGAAGGCGUGAGCGGAAAAAAACAUUUCUCCAACUGCCUCUCCUCCACACCGGGUCGACCAACCAUCGGCGAACCCCAACCUUCGAAGGUGCGGUGGGUGAAAGGCGCGCCGGUUUGACUUCUGGUCUGUUCAGAAGAGCAAGGCUCCUGUGGCAUGACGACGCCUAACAAAGGAAAUAAAGCCUUGAAGGUGAAGCGCGAGCCGGGGGAGAAUGGCACUAGCCUCACAGACGAGGAGCUGGUGACCAUGUCAGUGAGGGAGCUGAACCAGCACCUCCGAGGGCUCUCCAAAGAAGAGAUCCUGCAACUGAAACAGCGGCGGCGCACCCUGAAGAACCGGGGCUAUGCUGCCAGCUGCCGGGUGAAGCGAGUCACCCAGAAGGAGGAGUUGGAAAAGCAGAAGGCCCAGCUGCAGCAGGAGGUGGACAAACUGGCCAAUGAGAAUGCUUCGAUGCGCGUUGAGCUGGACGCUCUGAGGUCUAAGUACGAGGCGUUACAGACCUUCGCCAGGACUGUGGCACGGAGCCCCACUGUUGGGGUCGGGGUCAGGGCUGGAGGGGGUGGAGGAGGGGUGGCAUCAUCAGUCAUCGGUCCACUCAUACCAGGGAAAGUGGCAACAGCGACGAGUGUGAUUACAAUAGUGAAGUCAAAAACAGAUGCACGGUCUUGAGGGAGGGAAAGAUAGAUGAGGAUGUAUCGGGAUGGAGUUCAGCUGAAUCAGAGUAAUUCUUCUUCUCUACUGCUCCCCUGUCCUCCACCUGCACUGACUUCAAACAGCUGGGCGGUCUCGACCUCUUUGUCUCAGCAUGUUCCUGUCACCUGUCUCAGAUCAGUGCAGGUGAAGGGAAGGAUGGAAGCAGAGGACAGUUAUUGAGACUAUAAAGAUGCAAGCCCUUGGUCAGCGCAUGAUCAUUUAGCACAGCACAGAUAGACAGGGUUCCUAUGGUCACUGAAAGCCCGGAUAAUUCAGAGAAUUUGAGAAUUGGUUUAUUCCAGGCCAAGGAAAAAAUUUUAAAAAACAAAAAAAACAUAAAUGCCCCAAACUCUUUGGAAUAAUCAUCCAAUUUUGUUCAGUUGCCAUUUAAAUCAGUCAAAUGUUCAGUGUCAGGUUUUACUGCUGGUUGAUUUAGAUAUCUGCAAAUCCAAUAUAAUCCUCACACAUUUGCACACUAGAUCUGAAGUGGUCAUUUGACUGAACCAAGAUGUCCAACAUUAAAUUAACUCCAAAAAUAUUCUAAAACAUAGAUUACAUAUGGUCCCUGAGUUCCAAAAGAAUACACAAGAUUUCACGUGACCUGCUGAUUUCAGUGGCUGCAGAGAAGUCCCAUCUUGCUCCACCUAGCCAAGAACUUUUUCAGAAAAGUACUAUAGAAAAAUAUAUAUUACACAAUGGUGGUAACUGUAUUUCUACUGUUUUGUACUGUGUUGUCAUUCACAUGAGGUCCAAAGUGUAUUCUCUGUGUGUGAAUUGUUAUAUAUCAGGAAUUCUGUGAAAUUCUGUGGCGCGUGUUCGUUUUAGUAUUGCUAUAUUUAGUUAGCUGUAUUUUUUUCUACGGUCUCUUCACUUUCUAUGUCCGACUCUCUCUCGCUCUCUCUUAUCUAUUAUUUCUCUGUCCUUCCAUUUUUUCAAUUCCAACUGGCUUCCAUUAUAACAUACAGUACUUCCUGGAUCUAACAGAAAGAGGAGAGAAAAGGACAAUUGAUAUUUACCAAAAAAAAAAUGCAACAUACAAUAGAAAAAAGGAGAUAAAGUUAUUGAAAGUCAGUGACCUUAUCUCAGGUGGUGAGAAUUUUCAGGGAAAUGGUCGUUUGAACACUUGAGCUGAAUUAAGAUACAGUUGUCUUCUGUCUGUUUGAGUUCCUCUCAAAAGUAUAUAUUUGAGAAAUUUGGAAGGGCAAGUGCCUUGGUCUCCUAAUGUUAUGCAUCAAGAAGAAGUCAAGAGGACAUGAGGAAUUGUGGAAGGACGGUGGAGAUUCAGUGGAGGUGUUUGCUUAUACCUGUGCUUAUUGGGAUACACUGACCAAUCAGGAAUCGGAUUGUGACAGCAUUUAACUCUCGCUGUGCAUUGUUGUAUGAGCUGUGUAGUAGCCAGCAGGAUUAAUAACAAUACUAAUAACACCCAUUUAUGUGACUUGGCAGUUCAUUCGCUUAAAGAAAAAAAUGAAUGGGUCUGCAAAACAGCACACCCCAUUUACCCUUGUUUUUUUUUUUUUUAACACAGAAUAUGCUUUUCGGAGAGAUAAUAUUCUGUUAUGAGCAAAAGUCCAUGAAUCUGUUUUAUGUUAUUUACUUGAUUCUUAUGUUUAUGAAUUUGACUGACUCGGAAAUCUAAGUUAUUACACCCACAGCAACAUUUUUGCUCCAAAACAAAGUGGUUUAUGUUGCAUUCCUCUUGUUUUUAAUCACAAAGCUCACUUUGCAAGAGCAAAUGUGAUCACUGGCAGUGCAGUCAGCUAGCAAGGAUAACAAAGAUAUUUCUCUGAAUUUCCAGUCACACAAAUGGACUGUCAUCUCACAUGAGCUUUACCAUAAAAGUAGUCUUAUGUGGUGUUCUAUACUCAAAGAAUCUUUGUCUAUGUAUGGUAGAGUCUGGAGUUUUAUAAAGACAAUUAUCUUUGCAUUGUUUGUAACGACCUGUAAAAAAAAAAAAAAAAAAGGUAUAGCGAAAUCUGUUUGAUAUACAGUAUCUCUCUAUUUUGCAAUUGUACCAAAAGUGGCUUAACUACUGAAUAGCUUUGUUUUUUCUCUAGUGACUAGGCACGUGUGUGUAACCGUGAACUAGCGUGUGGUGUGCUGUGUAGGUAUGUGACGAGGUAACUAUAAUGUUCACUAUUUCAUGGAUAUGACUUUGAUUCUUGUUUGAUUUCAGGCCGAAGCGGGUGAUAACACUGUUGGUGACUGCACUCUUUCUCUAAUCCUAAAAUCUUUGUCCUCCUGGCCCCAUUAUUCAGCUCCAACACUGCAGACGUGUUAGAUCAUUUGUUAAUCUGCUCGUAAUCUGCACUAAUUAUUUGUAAAUUUUAGGAAGUUCUUUUAUGACAGAGCCAUUUACUGUGUUUCUGAACAGGCCUUUGUGGCUGUAUUUUGGUUCUUGCAGUGUUCAGAGAUAAUUAGUGCAGGUAACAUGACCAAUGAGAUGAGGAAGUGUUAUGGUUAACCUCACAAGCUUCAUAAUAUGUGUAUUCAGGACAUCUGGCAACAGAGAUGUGAAACUCAACAAUGGGCCUGUAUAUCACCCCUACUCCUUCAGUAAGUUAUUUUUUGUAGUGUGUGAUAAAUUUGUUUUUGCUGUGUACAUUUUAUAUAGUUCUGUAUAUUUAAUGUUGUUCCUGUUUUAUUUGCUUUUGAACUGUUCUGUAAGUGUCAGGGAAGUGAAAUAACAUUUGUUAUUGUAUUUGGUGUUUUAUGAAGUGAAGAAAAUCUAUUCUGCUAUUAAUGGGUUGUCUGUCAAAGAGUGAGGUUUACCAUUAUUAAGUACAAUUGCCUCAAACAGUUUUUUAACCAAGGAAAACCAGAUUUAAAUUGAGUCAUUUACUGAACUAGAAGCAAUUUACAAUGUUAAAAACAUUACAUACAAGCAGCCUUUUACCUGGACCGCUACUUUUCCACUGUGAAGAAAAAGGGGUUAUCUAGCCUACUGCUGUGCAGUUAUUAAGAUUAGUAAGGUGUGUCCUCAUCUGUACGGUACAUUAAUAUAAAACAGGAUUCAAACAGGUGAACAAUGAGCAAAGGCAUAGGAAGGGAAUGGGUUUGAGAUUUUUAAAUAUUAUUUCUCCAUAAUCUUUACACUGAUAACCAUUUGCAUGUUCAGUCAACCGUGAAACCAGAGAACUAUAAAUGUCAAAUCAAAAUGUCCAAUACAUUUUUUUAAAUGUCUUAUCACAGGAAUAUACUCCAUGGUAUUCAGAUACAAACAUACAUAGCUAUCAUGCCCAUUUUAUUUAUGUAUUUCUUUAAAUUUGAAAAGAUUUGCCCUGUUUUUAUGGGCAGAAUGCUAUUAUUUGAUUUUAUACUGG